AUGGAUUUGUUACCAAUCUUGGAAGAACGUGAACGCAUUGUUGAGGACAUUCUUACCAAUCAACAACUUGUAGUAGAUUACGAUAGGAAACGAAACACAAAUCGUGAAGCUCUAAACAAAUUCAAAAAAGAAUUGAAGAAUGAGAAAAAACUAUGGGUGAAUCUUGGUGAUUUUUUUAUUAAGAUGGAAGCACCUAAUGUAAAGACCUUGAUUGAGAAAGAUCAAAAAAAUCUAGACAACGAAAUUGAGGUCGUCAGAAAUUCGAUCAAAGGGAAAACAGCGCAAUUGGAGAAACUGGAGACUGGUGAAAUGGAAAAGAUGAAAGGGUUUAAUUUGCAGGGCAUAACCGCAAGAGAACUUUAUAAUAUCACAGGGAACAUUAUAGAAGAUCAAUAA